AUCUAAGCCAGAAAGAAAGAAAGAAAGAAAGAAAGAAUGGCAGCAAUGGAAGGGGUGAUGCAAGACCAAUCACAGCUUCAGAAUCAACAGCAACAACAGAUGGUGGUGCCAGAGAGACUGAAUCACGCAGUGCAACAACAGCUCAAUUUGGAGUCUGUAAAGACUCGAGCAAUCAGCCUCUUCAAAGCCCUCACUCGCAUCCUUGAAGACUUUGACGCCUAUGCUCGCACCAACACCACCCCUAAAUGGCAAGAUAUUUUGGGGCAGUAUUCCAUGGUGAACCUUGAACUUUUCAGCAUUGUGGAUGAGAUUAAGAAGGUUUCGAAGGCUUUUGUUGUGCAUCCAAAGAAUGUUAAUGCUGAAAAUGCUACAAUACUACCAGUUAUGUUAUCCUCGAAACUACUGCCAGAGAUGGAAAUGGAUGACAAUUCCAAGAGAGAGCACUUGCUUCAGGGGAUGCAAAGCUUGCCAAUAUCCUCACAAAUCGAGAAGUUAAAGGCUAGAAUAGAUAUGAUUGCAGCAGCCUGUGAAGGUGCUGAAAAAGUAUUAGCAGAUACUCGUAAAGCCUAUCAGUUUGGCACCCGCCAAGGGCCCACGACUCUUCCAACUUUGGACAAGGCUCAGGCUGCUAAGAUUCUAGAACAAGAGAACUUGCUUCGAGCUGCUGUAAAUGGUGGUGAAGGCCUACGAGUAACUGGAGACCAGAGACAGAUGACAUCUGCACUUCCAGUGCAUUUGGUGGAUGUGCUGGCUGUGUCCGAUGGAAUGCAUAGCUUCUCUGAUUCUUCUGGGAUGUAUAUGAAGAAUACUCCGCCAAUUUCGAAUAGCAUCAAUAACCAAGGGUCUUUGUUACAGCAGCCUACUGGAACACCACUUCAUGGAAGAUCAGCUGCAUCUCCUUCUGCUGCCACGAGUGCUACUUCAUUUGACCACACAACACCAUCCCCGCUGCCAUAUGCCAAUUCACCUCGGUCUGGUACGAACAUGAUGAACACACCUUCUCCUCAGCAACAAGUUCAACAGCAGCAGCAGCAGCAGCAGCAGCAGCAGCAAAGGCAAAAGAUAUUACUUGCUCAGCAACAGCUGAGGCAAUCUUCUUUGCAAGCUUUGGGACAGAACCAAAUGUCACAGAUGCAUGAUUUACAGAGCCAGGGGCAGCAGAAGUUUCAGCCGUUACAUGGACAACAUCAGAUGCAGUAUUCUCAGCCAGUGGGCCACCAGCAAUUUCAGAGUAGGCAGCUAUCCUCCGGACAUGUUCAGCAUGGCAUGGGUCAAAGCCAACUCAAUCAAGGAAAUCAGUUAAAUCGUCAUUUAAGUCAGUUUUCUAGCGCUGCUAAUACUUCAUUGUUCAAUACUGGUCAGGGAGCACCAAACACCCAGAUGAUUCCAAACAUGUCUUCCACGAUGUCAUCACAGCCACCUGUAACACGAAUGCAGUUUGGAUUAGCUGGUAACAAUCCCCAGAGGAGUCUUGCUUCCACGGUUCUUAAUGAUCAGAUGUAUAAUAUGGGAGUAUCCAAUCCUGGUGGUAUGAUGCCCAUGCAGCAGCAGCAGCAGCAGCUUGGCUCUCAAGGUGCGUUUGGUAAUAUGCAACCAAAUGCUCAGAAUUUACAGUCAAGCAUGGCAGCGCUUCAGAAUGCAUCACAGAACCAUCCCAAUUUUGCUCAACAGAGACAGCAAAAUCAGCAGUAGCCAUGAAAUAGCACUGUAAUAUUCAUCAUUUCUUUUUCCUGAUGAAAUAUCUUGCAUACAUGCCAAUGAGGCAAUGGUUAUCAAAAUUUGCUAUGUUGAAAGCAUGUGUAUCCAUUGGUAAUUAUGGUGUGUAUUCAGUGUGUGUCUUAUUGUUUCAUUAGUUGAUAGAGCACGUAUCUUAAAGAGUUCAUUUACCAGUUGAAAGCUGCUAUUAGAAAGCUGUAUUACGCUGUC